AGAGAAUUCAAGCAGUGCACUCUCCUGGCUCACGAAAAUCCGUUAGAAGCUCCAGUCGUCGCUCAAAUCUCGUUUCUCUCCCCAUCUCUGUCCAUCCCGCUCCCCUGAGCGCAUCUUUCGCGAGGAAAAAGCCGCAGCAGCGCGUCUUAACUUGUCCGCGAAGUGCACCUUCGUGAUCGCGGCCGCAAAUGCCGCGCAGCACGACGCGAUCGAUUCAGUCGCGAGCGAAUCGAGUUGGAGUGCAAACGUCUCAAGCGGAAUCUCAAGUUGUAGCGCCAAACGCAGCGGUCCGAUCGGAGUGUACAUGCCUGUAAAUCGCUAAGAUACAAAGUUGAACCAAGUUGGAAUUUGCCACCAGUCGAAACCAAUCUCGAAUCGAAUUAAUAUACGCGCCAUUUGCAUAAGGCGCAACUAAAGACGCGCUUCUUUCAGUAACGUUAACCCACUUUCUAAACGACCAAAUGAAACCAAACAAAAAAAAAGAAGAAUAAUACUGCGACCGAUAUUCAGCAACAACGAAACCAAUUAACAGGCAAAUAAUGCCGAGCAAAUAACACCGAAAAACGUGCAAGUGAUUCAUGGUUUUUUUUCUUCCAAGUGAAGUGCUUCGGUAAAAAUCGAAACACACAUACUGCAUAGCUUAAAAAGCGAAGCUGGCUGGAAAACGCACUGGAAGCGAUAACGAUACCUGGAACGCCCCCAUCCAACGACUGCCAGUCAGUUGAAACCGCAACUGCAGCAGCAUCAUCUACUCGGCCAGAAACAACAGCAAAAAGUACGGAUUGCAAACAGCCCGGAUUGUAAAGCCCAACAAGAUAAACUGCGGAUACCGUGCGACAGGUGGAACAGUUCAAGCAGAAUAUGGCAUAAGGUUGUUCGUCGGCGGGAGCAACAGCAAAAGGAAAAGUCUCAGCGAUGUCGUCCUCGAUCUGUUCGCACUUCACCCAGAAUGCCUGGAAGAAGGACUUGUGCUCGAACUGCUUCAAGUCCAAGGACGAGCACAAAGCAGCCGCUGCAGCAGCCGCCUCCAAACUGGGCAGCGGCCAUAAGCCAGACAAAGAGGUUAAAACGGAUUACCCCAACAAGCACAAGACACCGGCGAAAAGCAUCAUCAAGAAGGCUUUCGGUGUCAGGCUGACCGGGUCCAGCUCGAGUUCCAGCACUUUGGGAAGUGGCUCUGGAAAAUCCGGUAAUACAAAGGGCGGCAAGGUGUGCUUUCCCAAGCAACUGCACGAAAUCAUCGGCUAUGGGGGCGAGUGGUCGGAGGACGAUGACGACGAUGACGAUCACGAUUUUAUGAACCUUGGCAAUGAGCACGACGACAUGGCCAUUACCGAAACGGAUGACGAGGAGACCAAAGAGCUGAAGAGGAUUACCAGGGCCAACACCGACUUCAACAUGAACAAUGGCAAUUUGCUGGGCGACGCCGAGGAGAAUAUCAAGAAAUCCUUUGCGGCUCUAAAACUGGGAGCCCCCCAGGUGGACAAGGAGGGCAAAAAGCAGACUCUAACGAUCAAUGUGAUGCCCUUUGGCCAGCCCAUGGGCAAAUCCGCACCAGCUUCGGCAAAAACUGCGCCCGCGGAAAGCAAAAGCGCACCCGCAACAUCAGUUGCAUCAUCAUCGGCUGGAGCAACACCGGCAAAAACAAAACCAGCGACCAUAACCACAGCCACAGCAAUUAAGAGCAGUAUUACAACUACUGCAACUACCAGUGUUACCAAAAAGGUGACCACCACCCUAACGCCCACGCUAGCCGUGGCCAAAAGCACAACGCCAAGUGCAACAGGGGCAGCUGCCGCAUCGGCAACUCCAUCGCGAGAUGGCAAAGAUAGUCCGCCCAUAGAACGGGCGAUGGAGAAGUCACUGUUGGACGAGAUCUCAGAGACAUUGGAGCAGAAGCAGAAGCUAAGUGAGACAAGUGCAUCGGACGUAUCUUCAGGCGGAAGCAGCAGCAACAUCUCCACUUCCGCUAGCAGCAGCAAUUGCCACAACAGCAGCAAGAUCAAAUUCGAGCUGAGUGCGCUAAGCGACUCCCCGAAGCCAUUUCUCGACCUUAAGAAGCCCAUCGCACGGAAUGCGCCCAUCACCAGGGACCAGACCAAGCCCAAGGUGAAUGUGUGCCACAAAUACUCGGAUACAGACAGCAAUUGUUCGGAUACGGAAAAUGGCGUUUCCGCCUACUAUGAUGUCGUGGAGACCCAGUUGAGCUACGAGAAUCUUCCCGAUGGCAAGUACUCGGAACAGGUGGGCGUGGCCACCGCCGGCCAGACUGAGAGCUCCAGCAAUUCGCACUACUCCAGCUCGCAGUACAUCACCGAUAUGCUGCUCAGCUCAAAAACCCGAGCGGCUAGCUACAAUCUUCACGAGGGGAACUUUAUGACCAGCAAGAUUACGUCCGAUGGUCUGAUCGUCACCAAGUGCAGUUCGGAUGACGCCCUGGACUCCACGGGCAGCAGUUUCGAUGGCAGUUCGGAUGAGGAGAACGCCUACAACAUGAUCCGCAGUGAGUCGGAUUCGGGAAUCGGCAUCAGCUUGGGUAGCGAGUACAAGAAUCUGGGAUUGGCCAAGGGCACGGCGGUCAGUGGAGAGAAGCGGCAACUUCUGACGGAGAAGAAGCUGAGCGCCAGUACUAACAACUCAGAUUACGAGGAUAUUCAGAUUGGAGAUCAAGCAGUGCCCAAGCCAGCUGUUAAGAGCAGGGAGCUACAUGGCGAACCCGAUGGCAGUGCCGAUCCGGACAACAGUCUGGAGCAGAAACAAAAACAGGCGCCUGAAAAGGAGGCGGAGCAGCAGCUUCCCGCCCUGCCAAAGUCGCCGCCACCACCCAUGAAGAUUGAUGCCAGGCCGUCGUUCCUGCAUGGUCUCAAAAAACCAGAGCUCCCGGUGAAACCACUUGUCAAUAGCCAUCCCAGCAGCAAUGGUACCAGCAGUGGCAGCCAGCUGAAAAGCUUCCUGGGCAAACGACAACCCAGCUGCGCCGAGCAGCAGUUCAUCAGCCAGCUGCAGUCGGCCAUUUCCAAGUCCAGCGAAUGUCUCCAGUUGGCCAAAGAGAAUCUAGCCGCUGACGAAGCCAAGCUAAAAAAGGGCAAAGCCCCGAAUCCACCGCCAGAGCCAAAGCUUAGCGCUCCGCCCACGCCGGAGCGAGAUUACAGUUUGGUAGUUGAGUUCGAGAAGGCGACGAAGGCGGCAGCAAAGCCAGCGGAAAAGGCCACGUCAUCUGGGCAAAGUGAGACAUCAUCAUCAUCAUCUACCGAGAGCCAAACGGUAGCAACAAGUGCUACCAUAGAAACCGCAGGAGCAGCAACUGUUACUGGUGCGUCAGCUUCCAACAACAGCAGCCUUUAUACCAGGAAGCCAGCUCUUCCGGCGGCGGCAGCAGCUCCCGUCAUUCGGGAGAAGGACAAACGCGAGCGGGCCGUGAUCAAUCCCAAGUUCCGUAGUCUCAACACCUUCGUGAUGCAGCGGGCCAAUGCGGCAAAGCAGAUGCAGCUGCAAUCGGCCAGCUCGGUUUUGAGCCUGAAGCAACCCUUGACGCCAGAGCCAACGCCCCGGAAUCAACGUCAUCUCUCCAUGUCGGAGGAGUGUCUGGCCGCGGCUGGCUUGGACAAGAAGUCCCCUUCCGCUUCACCGCCACAGAAGCAAAAAUCCAAGUUCUCCAUAAAGAAGUUCCUGCGCAUGGGCAGCAAUGGAGGCAAGUCCGUUGAAUCUCUGGCCAAGAGGGAGACCAGCGUGUAUACGGAAAUAUGCACCGGAACAGAGGACGGCAAUGCCUCUGGAAAGCCCCGUCUCGUGAUUAUCCAUCCCAUUGACAUCAACCCCACGGCCGUGGAGGUAGUGAAGGAUAUCACGAAGACCAGUGAUUCCGUUUCGGCACAAACAGUGGCCGUGGUCACGGCAAAGCCACCUGCUCCGCCCCUUAGAUCGAGCGCCAGUGAGGGCCAACGCGCCCACGAGGCCAACAAACCGGCCCGCCCCCCGCCGCCCAAGAGCGCCGAGCUCCGGCGGAAGCAGAAAACCGAGCUGACCGCCACGCUGAGCGCCAGCAGCGUGGACUCCAGUGUCCUGACACUGGCAUCCGGCACCGGAUCCGUGAAGCUGAAGGCCGACAACGUCUACGCCAAUUUGGGUGAAAUCCGCUCAUCGAUUGCGCCCAGAAAGCCGGAGCGCACGGCCAGCAUGCGGGAAAGGGAGGCCCAGUUGGAACUGGUGCGCAAGCGCGCAGUCCUCACCGACACUAUCUCCAUUUGCUCGUCAAACGGUGAUAAUGUAGCCGCGGAUCAGGGCAAGACGAUGGGGAAGACCAAUGCCAACAGCAGCACUGGUCAGGAGGCAGGAAAGUCCGCAUCGGCUGCCAACAGUAGGACCAGCACAUUUGAGCGCGCGCCCCAAAAGAAUAGCGAAGCGAAGAUGUCCAUCUCCAGCAAACUGGAGAUCUUCGAGCAAAGAUCCAUGGAUGCAGCGGAUGCUGCCCAACGAAGUAGUCUCAAGGAUUCAGUCCGCAAGAUCAACAGCACCAUCGAUAGCUAUCUGAAGGACAAGCGCGACUACGAGAACAUGUACGAGUUCGUAAAGAUGGGCUCUCCGCCGCCGCCCACCACGAAUGGAAACAGCACACCCACGCCAUCCACUUCGACUCCUCCUGCGCCACCCACGCGCAGUAACAUCGAUCUUUCAGUGGCUGGUCAGAGAUUGACCCAGGCCACGAGACGUAAUAACAUCUACUCGGACACGGCCUCCAUUGCCAGUUAUUCGCGCAGCGAGUAUGGACCGGUGCGAAACUACGGAUUGAACAACAGCUUGGCCAACAUUCCACGCAUCAUCUCAGCCUCUUAUGCGGGCAGCGAGGUGGGCGAGUUCGAUAUCUAUGCUCCGUACAGCUAUUACGGAAGCGAGGCGGGCGGCGAUGUGGCCACGGACAUCAACGACAGCGUCUGGGGCAUGCCACAGGCUAACAAAAACCGCAGCAAGGCCACGAAUCGUUUGCGCAUGCGCAAGGGACGCAGUGUGGUGCACAAGACUAUUGAGGAUAACUACACCGCCGUGGUGGUGGCCAAUCAUGAGGCCCUCGCCCAGGUGCUAGAUCAGCUUCAGCAAACUCCGGUGGUGCCAGCAGCCUUGCGUCCUCUGGCCAAUGCCAUCAACUUGCGCUACGAGGACUUUACCAUUUUGGAGGGAACCCAAGCCUUUGUGGUGGGCAAGAAGGCCUUCCAUGCCGCUCUGUGGAGCUCUUCGCCGGUGACCUUGGCCCUGUCGGCCGACUGCAACCAACUGGGCGGCGUGGCUGGUGAGCUCAGCCAGCUGUCGGGUGGGGUGAGCGACGUGCUCAACCCGGUGACCGAAUUCUGUGACCUGGUGCCCAGCUAUCAACUGCCGCUGAUGCCCUCGACGGAGGUGACCCUGCUGCAGGCUACCAUCUCGGUGUUGCCCAGAUUACAGCUGGAGACCCUCCAAUCGAUCGGGUCAAUACUCAAGGGCAAGUCGCAGGUUCUGGACAGGAGCAACUUCAAUUUCCGCGGCUCCAUUCCGAAUCUCAGUGGCCUGAAGGAUGGAAAUGGCUCAAUUGCUGGGAACCUAAGGAACGUAGUCUCGGUGCAGAACCUAAGUACCCUGAACGAAGAAUCCUCGGCCACCUCAAUGAGCGCAGAAGAUGGGUCGGCCAAUGUAAAUGCCAUGCCUGCAUUCGAUGAUGUGAUGACGCGGGAGGUGGCCUUCAUCAUGCUGCAGCUGGUCAACGGAAUGAAGAACCUGCAGGCCAAGGCAAUCGAGGAGACGCCGCUCAGUCUGUCCAAUGUGGUGCUGUCAAAGGACAUGGACAACAAGGACGCCCAGGCACGACUCUGUGUGCUGCAGGGAAACAACAAUGACGACGACGAGCCCAUGGGUACGCUAUGCAAAUGCGCCCACUCGGCCUUGACCGACAUCCUGCCCGCCACAAAGAUCACGCCCAUCCUGGCGGACAUCCUGCAGCAGGAGCGAGCCGAGUCCCUGUCCAAGGCGAAGGCAGUGCUGGAGUUCGUAUUGUGGGGUCCUUCCGAUGUGGCGCUCACCGGCUCCGUUAAGGAACGGGAGCUAGCCCUCCAGCGCUGGUUGGAUUUGGAGAGGGCCACCGUUCUCCACGGACUGGUGCGAACCCGGGUCGAGCUGACCGUUUACGACGAGUGUCAUUUAAUGUUCCUCGUCCGCUCCACGGCCAAGAUGAUGAACGAUGCAGCAAAGAUCGUUUGCAACUACCAGCAGAUGAAUGGAUCUGCCAGCCAGGAUUAGUUCCACUCAGUCUGCUAGUUAAACCUGCUCAAUGCUAAAGGAAUUAUCUAUUAAAUACUAUACGAAAUUGUCAUAGACACUUAGUCCUUAGAGUCAACGAAUAAUAUCUUCUGUAUCGCUCCAUAACAUACUAUACGUAUGUACAUAUAUAAAUAUAUCUUUGCCCAGCGUGCCAAAUUGUUUCGCGCGGAAAUUGUCAUGUAAAAAUAUGCCUAUCGUAUGCAAACGCAAACUAUUUGUGCAACUAUAAUUUAUUAGUAAUCUAUUGUUAAGUCAUUAACCUAAACGAAUAUUUAUAUUCUAUUCAAUUCUAUAUACUAUUCGAGGACGAAAAUGUGUAUACUUCAUGAGAUGGCAACUGAGUACUAUCUAUAAGUAUGUCAACAAUUUGAUUAGCAAAACUAAACUUUUUGGUGUUUGAACAAAUACUUACAUAUAUGGUAAACAUAAAUGAAAUAAAGUCUAAAUAAAUAAAUAUAAAUCGAAA